AAAUAUAAAGUUCAUACAUUGACUUUUAGCGGUCUUUCAAAUCUAAUGAAAAAACAGGUUUAUUUUAUGUUAUCGUCGAUGUUUAUGAGAUUUCUGACAUGCGAUUAUUGCCACUGGCUUUAACAAGUCUACAGGUCUACUCCGUGGUAUUCGGAAGCUAUGAGGAAUAUGUAAUAUUGCCAGACAAUUCCGAUUACUGCCGAAGUCACUCUGGAUUUAGAAGAUUUUCACUUUCAAGGCAGAUGAGUUUUGUUACUGGAUCAUAUAAUUCGUCAUGGAACAAUUUGUUAUAUGCUUGUAAGGUAAAGGUGUAUCCAAAUGGGAGACUUUUACAUUAUUCUUAUCCUGAAGGACAUACGUCAUACUGGUUUCAUAGACUUCGAAUUUCCAUUAAUUUUACCUCUUGCAAUGAUUUUUUGACUAUUGGGUUUAUACCCGAAGAAAUCACUCAACCUACAUUACUUCCAUAUGAGUUAAAUCUAACCUGUGCAAUUAUAUUUCCGCAAAUCAUCGAUUCAAAGCAUCGUAUUGUGUCAUUGGUUUGGCAUACAGAGUCCGGUUCAAUUGAGAAUGUGAAAUCUAAACUAGAUGUUCAAAUGUCAGCAUAUAUGCGAUUUGAAGGAACUUUCAGUCUUAUUGACAAAAUGCGUCGAUGUGAAGUAGGCUCUGGAUUUUGGUGUGGAAAUCAAACUGCUGUUUGCGUUUAUGGUCAAAUGCGCUGUGAUCAAGCAGAUGGUUGCUUUGAUGGGGGAACUGAUGAAAUUGGUUGUCCUCCUGUCCGUAAUUAUACAUAUGUUCAACCAAGACGUUCUUUGAACAGUUGGUCAGUAUAUCUACCGUGGACGGCCCUAGGAUUAAUUCCUUUGAUAUUAAUAUUUGCUUUGGGACUUAUCUGUGCACCUCGAAAAUCUCUAGAUGAACUUGAUGAUGAAGAUCUUAGUCAAGAAGGUGAAUGUUUAAAAACUAUUUUCUCACCGAUGACUUCUUCAUCAGCCGCUUCACCUACUUUAUCUGAAUCAAGUUCACCUAGAUCUAUUCAAUCUUUUGCUGCUUGUUCAACUGGAGAUAAAGCUAUUGUUUGUGCGUCCGAAUUAACCCGGUCAUUAUCUCAUCCAAGUUUAUCUGAUGUGGUACGCACAACACUUGUUACUAACGAAAGUGACAAACAAAAAUCUUGUCUUCUUAGCUCAAACGUUAAUACCAAACAAGAUGCUGAUUCAUUUUGUCUUCAACAGAAAAGUAAAAAGUAUUAUCCCGAAAGUUGUGAACAUCUUUUAAAUAAUGAUAAUAGUAUUAAUAAUCAUGAUAAACGAAAUUUUACAGAAGAUGGUUCAGGUUCCAAAUUUUUUAAUGAAGUUCUUAAACCAACUAAAUCUAGAGCUGUUACUUUUCAACUACCUGGAGCAUUUGAAGAAAAACCAGUUAUAGAUUCAGAAUCAAAAAUAAAAACAAAUAAAAUUCAUGAGGAAUCAUUGCAUCAACAAAAAGCACAACAAAAUUCCAGUAAUAUUUCACGUCAAUCAAAAUCCAUUAAAUCUGAUAAUCGAGCAAUACCAGCAUGUUUUGAAAUGGCUGCUUUAAAAGUUAGAGUAUCACGUAAUGAAUUAGGAAAUGUAACUAAUCACAAUUUUAAUCCUGAUUUUAUUGAUCAAGAAAUUCGGAACUCAAAUGCAUUUACACUUAAACAACCAUACAAAAACUAUCAUUCACGCUCAAACUCUCAAUCACAAACUGAUAAUUCGAAAAAUAUUGUAGAAAAUACAAACAACAACGAUUUCAAUCAAUCUCAGUCAAGUUCAUCUGAAAGUGAUCGAGAAGAUGUUACACCUUUCAGACGAACAGAUCAUUCUAUUCUGACUGAUCAUUGGGAUAAAAACAAUAAUAAUCCAAGAUUAAAUGGUGUACAGAUUCAAAAUGAAAAUGAAGACAUGUGGUUGAUUAUCAAAUGACUGCCGAUAAAAAUGAGUGACUACGCUAAGGUACGAAGCUAAAUGAGGCUGAGGCUGCUGCUACACUAAGCUAAAUGACAGAUAUUGAAAAUCAAACAUUUCAGAUUAAUCAAACAACUUUAAAAGAUUAGGAAUAGAUCCUUGUAAAUUCUGUUAGAUGUGGAAAUAUCUUCUAUCAACGCAUAUUAUCUACAGAAAACCAGGUGACACUGGACAACUGUUUCGCCCUAGAUUGGAAUUCCAUGGAAGUGAACUACAGUGACCUCUGACAAUGUGAUGGACUAUAGGUCUGAAAAUUUGAGAUCAGACUUCCUAUGGAAGCAUAGUAUUGAAGAGUUCUUCCCAAAUAUAAAAUGAAACAGAUGUUUAUUGCUCCUUAUUAUACAUUAUUUCUUGAAAUGUUGUUUAUUUGUGAUAAAAAAAUUACCUUAGGAAAAUUUAAUGUUAAUGUUUCACGUUAAAAUCUAUAGAAGAUUCUUUUAUUAACUAUAUUAAGAUUAAAUAUUCUAGUCUUAUCAAUUUUUGGCUGAGUUAAUGUUCAUUCUGCAAUAAGAUGUUACAUGAUGGACCUAUAUUAUAUGUAUAUCACAAGUUCUUGCAACAGACUGACCACAGUUACAAACUAACUUUAUUUACGAGAUAGCGACAGUGGUUUUUGAUGAAGACUAACCUAAAUGAAAAAAACUUCAAUAACUUAUAACGUCAAGGGUUUUAGUUAAAGUUUGAGUCUGGUGUAUAAUUUUUUUGGAUUAAUUAUUUGUGACAUUAAUUGAUAACGAUACUUUAUUUUCCAAUUCUAAUAUUUUGUAAUACUGCACUUAGAUACAGAAAUGUGUGCACUUGCUUUAUAUGAGUCAAAACUGUAUAUUCAAUUGCAUUACGGACUAACAUCAGAGCACAAUAAGGGAAGUCUACAUAACAAUAGAUAGGUGUAUAAUGGUGAUUCGGAACUUCUCAGGAGGAAUAACUUUCCAAUGCUUUAUGGUUUCCUAAUAGAUAUCGAUUCCAUUAAAAUCGUGAACCUAUCUAAGUUAGAACACCAUUCAAAUCAUGUGGGAUAGUGAAUUCGCACUGAUGAGAAGUCUCAUAGUAUUACGAAACAUUCAUCUAAUACUAUUCAAAUAAUGUAGUCAGAACAAAAAAUACACUUUAUUGGCCAAAACAUUCAUUAAAAUGAAAAGUCACUACCUAGGACCAAUAAUUUACAGAUAUUCCCCGAUAGUUAACAAGGUAUACCUAUAAAUCUGAUAAAUGAAUAGAAUGGUUCUUGAAUAUUGGGAAGAAUUGUUGUCUGCUGACAUGGAUAAGAUGUUAUGUAUGUAUAACUAAUUUCCCUUUAAAUGCAAGCUAAUCAGUGAUGAUUAUUCUUCAUUUGAUUGAAAUCAUGAACCGAUUGAUAUUAAAUCACCAUUGAAAACCUCGAAGCACUGAAAGGCCGUUUCAUCUUAUUGUUGGACUCCUCAGAGUUCUAGUGGGAAGUCGUGACCAGUGGCGCAAAUCCGUGUCAGGUAGAGAUAGGUAUCUACUUCAGUACAAUGAAAGAUUGUCGCGCAAUUUUGUGACUUGGUUGAGGUUAGACAUUAACACCGUUGGACGCCGGCUCAGUGUUCUAGAGGUCAAGCGUUCGCGCGAGACCGAAGGCCCUGAGUUCAAAUCCCGCGAACGGGAUCAUGGAUGCUCACUUCCGAGUAAUCCCACAAUACGACAAAACGGCUGUCCAGUGCUUCCAGGUUUUCAAUGGUGGUCUAAUUUCAAUCGCUUCGUGAUCUCAAUCAAAAUCAUAAUAAUCUCGCAAACCGCAUACUGAUAUUCUUCUUUUUACAAAACAACACAACAUUGACAACUAGGAUACAAUACAAUGAAAACGUUUUGUGAUCUACAAACAUAUGGAUUAUCAUUGUCAUCAUCUCAAAAGAAUAAGCAUAAAACCUCUUCAAUUAUUGUAACAGCGAAAAACCCAUUGACUUCAGGUGAAAAACGACAUAGUAAUGCUGAUUAUAUAUUGCUUUAAAAUGAAAUCAUUGUAAAUAAUAUUGUACGAUAAGAGAAUCAAUAAUUAAUUCGUGAACUUUUAAUUCCCGAUUUUAUGUUGUUAUGAUGCUUUAACUUGAAUUUUUUCAUUGUUCUACAUUAUCAUCCUACUUUAGUGGAUUCUGUUUAUAUUUCUACUUUUUUUUCUAUGACAAACAUUUUGUUUAUAUUAAGUAUUUAUGUAAAAUUUGAUAUUAGGUGAAAAAGACUGUCUACAGGUGAACUCAUCAUGACAAACUGUUAAAAAAAAUUUAUUAUGUAACAUUGUUACUUUUCAGUACUUUGUGUGUAUGCUUCGAUUGAGCUUGAAUUCUUGUCACGCUUUCUUAAAAUGUUAAUUUUCAUACAUUGAUCAUUUGCAUCCUACUGGAAUUAUUUUUCAGAUUUUUAAUAAGUGAGAGAACUAAAGAAGUGUUUUUAUCUAAUUUUCAGCACACGGUGAGAAUAUUGUGAGAGGUCACAACUCGCAUAAUAGACUCGUACAUUAUUUACUGAGAAUGAAGCAAUUUAGAGAUUAUUUUUGUUGAAAAAUGACAUAACCUAUAAGACGAUUGAAAAUGGGGAGGGGUGAAGGGCUGCUUGAACACUAUUUUGGGGUUCGCGACUACGAACUUCCACAACAUCAUAUAGGGCCGAGCUCAAGGUCUAACCUUGGAACUGUUCACUUAGUUGUACUACAUGAGUAUUGCUUCGGAAAUACAUAUAAUCAUAUACUUACUUUGAAAAUGUUGAUGUCUUUUACCUUCAUUGGCCAAGUAUCAUGUCCAUGGAAGAAGAUAGAUAGAAUGAACUAAUGCACAGUAUGCUGGUUACUUCAUUGACAGACGUACGUCACAAAUAACGUGGGCUGGCGAAAGCCGAUAGAAUCUCCUGAAACCGUGCCUAGAUUUCGUCAGCCACUCAACUCAGCAGGUUAGUUAAAAUUAGGAUACGUGAAGUGGUCGGCUCGAUUACAGUUCUCUGUAAAAUCUAGAUGUUGGAUGAACUCUUUCAUAGUUCAUUACUUAAUUCUUACCUAUAUACAUCUUCGAGCUGAAUCCCAAGGAGUCAUUUUGUUGAGACUUGUCCACGUCCAAUAAAACUGAUGUUUUCACUGCAGCAAAGUUGGAGUCUAUUCGCUCCAAAAAGAAUGUUAGUCCUCUGUCGAACCUCUCCAACAAUAACUUGUGUUAAGCUAAGUUGUUUCUAAAACAUCACUAUUAGGGGGUGAAAAACAUACCUAAUAGUCAGGUCAGUUUCGUAUAAUCGUACUGAAACAUACGAAAGUAAGACUAGGGAUAGGUGCUUAAUUAUGUAUAUGAAAAAGCGAAAUAAGCCUAUUCUAAACAUUGUUAUUUGUACAACUUAUUUAUUUUAUUUGACUACAUAAAUAAACACAAUUGUAAGGGCUAAUGAUACUGGCCGGGUGCCCAGAGCGAAGCAGGUGGUUUUCUUUGGGGGCCACACCCCGAGCCUUUGACCUAAAGGUCUGAU